AUGGCAAGUGCAUUAUUCGUGUGUCUAGGGAAUAUUUGUCGGAGUCCGGCAGGCGAGGCAGUGCUCAAAGGCAUUGUGAACAAGAAAGCGGGUGCAAAUGCAAGCUCCUUUCGAAUUGAAUCGUGCGGUACUGGAGGAGGCAAUCCGAACUGGUACAACGUCGGUGGCUGGUCGUACCAUGAGGGAGACUCAUCGGAUUCGCGCAUGACGAAAGAAGCCAAGAAACGUGGCUAUGUUAUGACAUCGCGAUCACGUCCACUUAACAAGAUGGACAUUGAUGAAUUUGACUAUAUCAUCUGCAUGGAUGACAAGAACAAAGCGGCGGUGCUGGAGGCUGCUAUGGCCUGGGGCGGCCCAUCAUGUCGUGACCUCGCCAGGGACAAAAUCUCAAUGAUGACCGAUUAUUGCAAUACUUUCAAGGAUGCCACUCGUAUUCCGGAUCCGUGGUACGAAGGCGGUUUCGACCACGUGCUUGAUCUUCUAGAAGACGCUUGUGAAGGUCUAUACAAUCACCUGAUGGCCAGAAAUGAGCAGUCGAAGAGCUAA